AUGCGCACACCGGCACUCAAGUGGCCAGCUGCGCACCGUCGUCGUCACCUCCUCCAGCACCAUGGUGGUGACGCCUGCGGAGAAUGCACCGCCAGGUUACGUCUUCACGGAAAACGACCAGAAUACUUGGGCCGUUACGCUCGCGAAGUCGGUGCCUGCCGAUUUCCUCAAAGAGCAAGAUUGCACCGAGCUCAUGUAUUCAGCCUCGAAAGUCGCGGCCGAGCAGGCAAUGUAGCAGUUCAGACAGGACCGGCGGCCAAGCUUCGCCAUCUCCAGCAUCCAUCCCUCCGUCGUGCUCGGCCCGUCGUCGAAUCUCCCCGGGAAUCCCCAGGAUCUGAAUGUGAGUCUGAAGGAAAUCUAUGA